AGUACGCACGAGCGAAAACAACCCUGGGUUAAUCCUAACGUUCAAAUGAAACACAUCAACUCUUUAAUUGGUUGGGGAAAUAUUUUUAAAAAAGGGUCACUAUAAACGUGUUUAACAACGGAGUAAGACAAAAAGUAGUCGCCUAGCUUGUUAGUAGUGUUGGCGCUAUAGUCGUAAUAUUGUUGUUGAUGCUAGUAAUCUGCUCGUGCAUUACUAGCUCGCUCGGAAGCGCAUGCAGCAGAAUGGUGCGAGCGGCUCCAGCGUCUCUGAUGGCGGCGGCAGGGACAGACAGUCCCCGUCCCGGAGCCCCCUGCCCGCCGCGACUACUCGGGUGAGACGCUUCAUCCAGGAGCGGCGAACGCUGCCGCUACCUCGAGUGAUGGUGGUGUUCUCUGCGCCGGGCGACACCGAAAAACCGAGCGAUGCCAUGGAUGCAGGCUCGGACGCUACUGAGGAUGACUUCCGGAAGCCGACGGCCUCCCCGGCGGCGAGCCUCGCCCGGAGCAAGCCCACCCGCUCCCCGCUGGACGCUGGACAGGAUCAGGAGUUUCCUGAGGUCAUCUCUCUGAAUGUGGGCGGCACCUACUUCACCACUCGCCUCUCCACACUGCGGCGCUAUGAUGACACCAUGCUGGCCGCCAUGUUCAGCGGGCGCCAUCACAUCCCACGUGACGCAGAGGGGCGGUUCUUCAUUGAUCGGGAUGGAGCAUACUUUGGGGACAUCCUGAACUUCCUGCGUGAGGGCGAACUACCUCACAGGGAGCGAGUGAGGUCGGUGCACAGGGAGGCUCAGUACUACUCCAUCGGACCCCUGCUGGACCGCUUAGAAGAUACUCAGCCGCUCACCGGGGAGAAAGUGCGGCAAGCCUUCCUCGACCUGCUGCCCUAUUACAAAGACAAUCUGGAGCGUAUAGUGGAAAUCGCCAAGCUGAGAGCCAUGCAAAAGAAGGCGCGCUUCGCCAAGCUGAAGGUGUGUGUCUACAAGGAGGAAAUGCCCAUCACACCGUACGAGCGCCCGCUUUUUAACUCGCUGCGCUUUGAGCGCUCAGACGGGGAGGCCAAGCUCUUCGAGCACCACUGCGAGGUGGACGUGUCCUUUGGGCCCUGGGAGGCAGUGGCCGACGUCUACGACUUGCUGCACUGCAUUGUGGGUGACCUGGCCGAGCGCGGCAUCGCGGCCGAGCAGCAAUGCAUCGGUGUGUGUGACAAGCACCUCAUCAACCAUUACUAUUGCAAGAGACCCAUCUACGAGUUCAAGAUCACGUGGUGGUGACACUGGACCAACAGGCAAAAUAUUUUACUAGGACAUGCCACAGUGUUGGCAGUCCUAUCAGAUAUUGAAGUAUAACCAUUUCACAUGCUUUUUUACUUCCAGCAUAACCUAAUGCAGAUAUUUCCAUCAUCCAGCCAUCCCUUCUCUGUACCAUUUGUUCUAGCGUGCAUGUUUUUGGAAUGUGGGAGAAAGCCGGAAACCCACACACAGAGACCUGCUAACAUGUACACACAUUUUGACCCUUGAAUACGCUUGUAUGCGUCGCUGCUUUUCAAGUAUGCAUUUUGUUGCAGUUCGCCGGUUUCUGUUCAGAGUUCUGGAUCUGUUUCUGAAUCUUGGAUUAUGCUCUCCUGUGCUGUGAAGACCUCAGCCCGCCAACAUGUACGGAUUCUUUAUACAUAGCACAUAUUUUGACCCUUUAAUACGCUUGUACGGUCAGGUCUCAGGUACGCAUUUCAUUGGUUUUAGCUUCCUUAUUCAGUCUUCGUAUGUAGCCUCUUGUGCACUUCAAAAGAAUUCUCAAGCUGUGUCGACGCUGACCCUUAAGGCUGAGAUUGGUCAACGUGACUCAUUCAGAGGUCGGACAGCCCACCGCCGUGAACGCCUUCUCCGAUUUCGGAUCCACUGACUCUUCCCCUUUUAAUCACUAUCGUUCACUCACUAGCUAACAAGCUAAAUAGUCAACAAGUGGUGUGGUUGCUCAAAGAGUUCAUGUCACGUCACGCCUUCAACCCUAACGAAAGGUGUCCAAAGUGCAGCGCAUGGCUCAUUAUUUAUUGGCCUGCACACAUUAUAGAAGGGUGGGUGCGCACAGAAAAUUGAUUGGCAGGUCUGCAUAAACUACGGCCAGCUCAGUCAUCCUUCCUGCAUGACCUCGCGCUUGCCUUUUUCCUGUGUGUGUAUGACUCAUUAAGAGGGUGUAACGCCCACCUUCUCGAUCACCACCUUCUCUGAUUUUGCGUAACUAUUAUUUCCAGCUCCAAUAACACUCCCCGUCUCUAUUAUUAGCGGAAAAUAUUUGGUUAAAGGAUAAUGAUGGCGUGGACUUCUCAUAAAACAGCACACUGCAAUAUUCCAACGAAGAUUUCAGCCCGCAGCUCCUGACUAAUUUGUAUGCGUUUACAGAUACUCAACAGUAUAUGCCUGAUUUCUGUCAUUCAUGCAUUCUUUGCUUAGAAGGUGAAAUGUCAGAAACCUAUCGAAAUACUUGCCAAAGGGGAAGAAAUCAUUGAUUUGUUUUAAUGACCGCUCGAGGCCAGCAAAGAAAAAAAAAAGAUUAUUGGUUUCAGUUGACACGGAUGCCCCCCUUUUGACCCUGGGGACCUGUGACUGAGUGAGCUGGAUAAACAGCUCUCUUCUAAUUGGUUAAAAAAAAGUGUGGGUGGAUAUGACUAAGAAAUGGGGGUCCGCCACUCCGCUGCAACAGGGUAAAAUGAGCUAAAGCAUCACAACAAUGUACACAUGAACCUCAUAUGCUUGUCUGAUGUUCUUUCUAGUAGGGAUGGGUCGAUUCAUUAAUGCUUCAGUUCAUAAUGAAUUUCACAAAGGGUGCGUCGGUCAUGCUCAUCCCUGCCAUAAUAACUUCACGCGUGCUUCUUACUUAAAGCAACAUUCCACUCUUUUAUUUAUUUCAAUAGUAGCUUCCGUAAAUCUAAUGUUGUGAAGUCGAGCUAAAGCUAAGCUUAUUGGACAUGUUGUCCUUGUACUUGAUGAAUUGUGAGCACCUUGUGAUUUUAUAGUCAAAAUGUAUAACUGUAUUUUGUACCUUCUCACUAUAUUUAUGUUGUAAUAAUAGAUGGAGCACUACUUGUUUAUAUUGUAUGUUUCUUAUGAAUGUGUUGGCUUCUAGGAAGCUGUCGUGCUCCCAAGGCGUGGUGGUUUUGUUUGUAGUGAAAUAAAGCACCAUAUUAUACUUUCAUGACUGAUACUACAGUAAUGAAUCACAACGCGUGCGGUCUUGUUGAGUUAUUUAUGAAAUACUUAAACAAUGAUUGUUUUUUAAUUGCUGUGCAUUUGCAUAAAAUGUCUCAUCUGCUUUGAUUCAUCAGUGAGCAGGCAGGCACGUUCUAUCACCAUGCUCACCCUCUCUGGCAUGGAAUUGAGCAGAACUACACAGGUUGUUGCUGGAAACUCCUCCAUGAUGACAACAUUGGUGCACCUUGCGCUUCCCCACCUUCCAUCACCUUCAGCAAGAUACUCCUCAUCUGGGAGGUGUAUUUGGAAAACUGUCUUGCAGCCAAGAUUCUGCUUCAGCACAGCUCCCCCGGUGCU